UAGUUUAGAUUGGCUUAAAGUCAUAUAAAAGCCAAGCCAUUGCUAUUGUACAGCAUCAGUUUACGAUUUGAAUCUCUUGGAUUAACAUUAACUCCUGUAAUAUUAUAUAAACUUCUAUAACUAUUAUAAAAGUAGAAAUGAAGUGCUUUCCUAUCUUCGCCAUCCUAAUUGUGGCUGUAUUGGUGGUAAAUGCUGAACAAUCAGGAGCAGAUUCUAGCGCAUCCGCUUCAGGACUCGAAAUAGUAUCUGAGAAUCAGCAGAAAAAACAGGAAAAACGUGGAAUUGACUAUAAUACUCUUGGCGGAUACACUAGUGGAUUGGGUGUUGAUGGAAACCUAGGUGGACUUGGAUACAAUGGCAUUCCUGGAUAUAAUAGCGGAGUUGGCUUAACUGGCACAAUUGGAGGUUACAACAGUGGAUAUUACAAUCCAUAUAGCCCCAUACCUAGAGUAGCUGGCCUUAGCGGUAUUUCCAGUUACAACAAUCCAGGAUAUUACAGAAGUGGAUACAAUACAGGAUAUAAUGGUUAUAGUGGUUAUACCGGAUACAAUGGUGCAUAUGGAUACCCAACAGCUGGAUAUAGUGGUUCUAGAUUAGCAAGCCCGUAUACCCGUCAAAGUUAUUACAAUUCAUAUCCAUCAAGUUAUUACAACAGCCAACUUGGGAGUAGUAUUGUAGGCGGUGGGUUGGGACUAGGUGUUGGUCCUACUCCAGUUCCAGUUGUUGCAGGUGGCGGCUAUCAAUAUGGACCUGGGAUUUCAGGAGGAAUAUACUAAACUGAUUUCUUUUAAAAGAACAAAAAAUUGGACAAUUUAUUAAAAUAAAAUUUUUUUUAUAAAGAAACAUUUUACAGAUAGUUAAACAA